UGGGAAGAGUGGAGCAUGAUGGGAAGGGAGAGCCGGCGCUCCAGUGCCCAAGGCCUUGAACUACAAAUCCCAGCGGCCCUCGCGCGGAAGGGAGGUGUCGUACCGGAUGUCCGUUUCAGCUACGGCCGGGAGAGCUGCCUGAAGCCGCGGCUUUGGAAGUCACCCAGUCUCCGCGGGACCCCGGAGAUCGGGGAGAUCGGGGUGGGGGCUCGACCCCGAGGGAUCACCAUGAUCCGAUUCAUCCUCAUCCAGAACCGAGCAGGCAAGACCCGCCUGGCCAAGUGGUACAUGCAGUUUGAUGAUGAUGAGAAGCAGAAGCUGAUUGAGGAGGUCCACGCUGUCGUCACGGUCCGGGAUGCCAAGCACACCAAUUUUGUGGAGUUCCGCAACUUCAAGAUCAUUUAUCGCCGUUACGCGGGCCUCUACUUCUGCAUCUGUGUGGACGUCAAUGACAACAACCUGGCAUACCUGGAAGCCAUUCACAACUUCGUGGAGGUCUUAAAUGAAUAUUUCCACAAUGUCUGUGAACUGGACCUCGUCUUUAACUUCUACAAGGUUUAUACGGUGGUGGAUGAGAUGUUCCUGGCCGGGGAGAUCCGAGAGACGAGCCAGACAAAGGUGCUCAAACAGCUCUUGAUGCUGCAGUCCCUGGAGUGAGGGGCCCAGGCGGUCCCCAGCUGGACGACCCCCUUCCCCCCCAGCCCUGCCCCUGCCCCAUCCCCCAGCAGAUGCUCUGAGUUUACCGUCUGGGACGGCGGGACCACACCCUGGCCGGGAUCCGGAGAAGGGGAGUCCCCUGUGUGUGGUGCCAUACACCCCAUAACGCCGCCGCUGUUGUGGCAGUUGUGUUGUGAGCAUUUGAGCAAAUGUGCGUGUACGCGUGUGUGUGUGUGUCUGUGUGCGUGUGUGUGCCUGUGUGUACAUAUGUGUGUACCUGGAACUCCCAAUAAAGUUGUGGACCUGGCCUGCC